AUGAUUUUUAAAAUUAAAAAUGAAAAUAAAUUAAAUAAUUUUUAUAUAUUAUUUUAUAUUUUAAUGUUAUUUAAAAUUAUUUUUAUUAUAUUUUAUAAAAAGAUUAAAAAAUGUAGUAAUAGUUUUUUAUAUAAAAUUUUUAGUAUAUUGAUAAUAUAUUUAAAAAUUUUUGUUAUAUUUAUAUAUAGUUAUUUUAAUAUAUAUGAUUUUAAUUAUAUUUAUUUUUAUAUUUAUAAAUAUAAUAAAAAUAUUUUAUUUAAUUUUGAUAAAAAUAUAUUUAAUAAUAUAAAUAUUAUAGAUAAAAUUAUAGAAAUAAAAAAAAUUUCUUAUACUAUAAAAAAAGGAAGAAUUAAAAGAUAUAAAAUUUUAUUAUUAAUAGGUAAUAAACAUGGUUGGAUAGGUAUAGGUAUUGGUAAAUGUAAUAAUAUAAAUAAAGCAAUUAUAAUAGCAAAAAUUAAAGCUUUAAAUAAUAUUUAUUAUUUUAAAUAUUCAAUAUUGAAUAUGUAUAAAUUAGAAUAUGUUUAUUUAAAUUAUAAUAAAAUAUUUAUUAAAUUACAAUUUAAAAUUUAUAAUUAUUUUGAUAUUAAAUUUUUAUUAUUAAAAUAUUUAUUUGAAUGUUUAGGAUAUUUUAAUUGUAAAAUUAUAAUAUAUUAUAAUAUUAUAAAUAAUAAAUAUAAUUUGUUAAAAAAAUUAUUACUAGUAUUGUUUAAUAUAUGUUAUUAA